AUGCCAAAAUGUUCUUACUCUCCAACGGGCGAUCAUGAGUUUAUUUUUACCUCACUGAAACUUAAACCAUAUAAAAAUGAACAUGACCAAAGAAUAUUUCGUAACUUUCGCAAUUUUAAUGAAGAACAAUUUCUACAAGAUGUAGAUAAACUACCUUGGUCAACUAUCACACAGAUAAGCGAUGUCGACAUUUGCCUGAAAAUUCUACAUAAUUUCAUGAAGAUUGUCAUAGACAAACAUGCACCACUAAGCACCAAGCGUUUUAAGAGGAAACUUCCAGAAUGGCUCAAGGAUAGGGAUGACAUUCUCUCACUUAUGCACAGACGAGAUAAUCUUAAGAAAGAGAUAUGUCCAUUACCACCUCUAAGAAAGUUUAUGGACCGACAGGAACAGAUGCAUGCUUUAACUCAAAUGUAUUGGCUGCCCAGACACUGGGUCGUGUGUACGUCUUGAGUAAAAUCCGUUGCUUUCAUUUCUGCGUUUCGACUGCUGGAUGUGCUGCAUAUCAAGUUCAGAAGAUGUCAAACAUAAUCAUUUGUGAUGCACUUCCGAGCCAAGGAAAGCAUGCGCAAUAUAAAUUCGAACAUUCAGACUGUAGUAUUUUUGAACGUAACUGAGUUUCUUUGUAAUAAAGAUUCACCGUGAA